AUGCUGUGUUUGGUGUUGCAGAUUGUCUCUGCCAAACAGCCAAUUAGAUGCAUUCAAAGAGAGAGGGAAGCACUCCUUCAAUUCAAGUCUAGACUCGUGGAUGACUCCAACAUGCUCUCAUCAUGGACCACUCCAGAUUGUUGCCAAUGGAGGGGAAUUCGUUGCAGCAACCUCACUGCCCACGUACUCAUGCUCGACCUUCACGGAGAUUAUGACAAUGAAGAAUAUUCACUCCGCGGUGAGAUCCACAAGUCAUUGAUGGAGUUGCAACAAUUACAGCAUUUGAACCUCAGCUGGAAUUAUUUUCAGGAGAGUCAUAUCCCAGAGUUUUUCUCUUCUCUUCACAACUUGAGAUCCCUUGAUCUCUCACAUUCUUAUUUUGGUGGAAAAAUUCCAAGUCAACUUGGGUCUCUCUCACAUUUGAAAUACUUAAAUCUUGCGUCGAAUUCUUUGGAGGGUUCAAUCCCUUAUCAACUUGGAAAUCUCUCCAUGUUGCAGCAUCUUGAUCUCAGUGACAAUCCUUUAGAAGGAAAUAUACCAUCUCAGCUUGGGAACCUGUUCAACUUGCAAAAGCUUUAUCUUGAUGGAUAUUACGGUGCUCUCAAAAUGGAUGAUGGGAAUCACGGCGGCGGUCAGUGGCUGUCUAAUCUCACUUCUUUAACCCAUCUUUACUUGCUCUCUAUAUCUAAUCUCAACGGUUCUCAUUAUUGGCUGCAAAUGAUUGGCAAGCUUCCAAAACUAAGAGAACUAACUUUAUCUGAUUGUAGCCUUUCCGACCGCUUUAUCCUUUCAAUGAGGCCUUCUAAAUUCAAUGUUUCUACUUCUCUUUCUGUCUUGGAUCUCUCUUACAACAACUUCACACCAUCCAUCAUAUUCCCAUGGGUGUCGAACAUUACUUUUAACCUUGCUGAGCUUGAUCUCAGUGGUAACCACUUGGAGGCUUCCCCAUCGAAUCAGACGGUUAAGCUACCGAAACUAAGAGAAUUAAGGUUAUCUUUUUGUGACCUUUCCGAUAAUUUUCUCCAUUCAGUGACUCCUUCCAACUUCAAUUUUUCGACUUCCCUUUCCAUCCUUGAUCUCUCUGGAAACACCUUCACAUCAUCCAUGAUAUUCCAGUGGGUGUCAAACAUGAGUUCAAAUCUUAUUGAGCUUGACCUUAGUUAUAGCCACUUAGAGGGUUCCACAUCUCAUUUUGGCAUAAUCAGAAUUCGCUUGAGAGGUUUGACCUCUCAGGUAACGGACUCAAGAAUGGGUUUCUGA